AUUUGGAAACAAUUUGAGAAAUAUAGUUUAGAAAUCUUUUGCAUUGCUCAUUAAUAAAUUAAAUAAUAAAUAAUAACCGUACGCCGUGUGAUAAAUUACGCGGGAAGACGCGUUUUGGAGUAUUUUACUCCAACCUCUCUUUCCUUUUUAUAAUCGUGAAAUAAUGUCGUCUUCCUCGCACAUCGAUUUCGUAACCGGAUUCGCGCAAUGCUCGCAAGACAAAACUGAGCAAGAUCUUAGCCUUUGUUACGCGUAUCCGGUAAUCGAUGACGAUCGGGACACGAGCGGCGUGCUUACGAGGAGCAAGAGAACCUCGCGAGUGUCGCAGACAGGCAGAAACUCGUCGGUCGAGGACGGGCUGUACGUUUCCGAGAACCCGUUCACCAACAAAUUAGUCAAGCCCUAUAAAUUCGACGAUGUCAAGCCGCUAUAUUACGAGCCACGAUCCCGACAACAAUCUCACGGGAAACUCGUCGAGAUCGCGGUGCGUGACGCGCGCGUCCACGCGCCACUUCGUGAAAAUCCGUCCGGGUCGGCCGGAUUUCCCGAGAUCGUCUCGGUCUCCGUGCUGUUUAAAGGGAAACCGGUAUGCAGGGCGAACAGUCCGUUUAACAGGAAACUGUACAAGUUGUUUCUGAGAAAUUCGGAGUACCACAAUCUCGCGAUACGGGUGCACGCGCGACACGGGGAGUCCAGCGUGCUCCCGUUGCCGUUGCCCCAACGUAGCGUUCGGGACCACAAGAUGGACGUGGAUUUCGCGAUCGGCGACGGCUCGGGUAGGAUGCAUCCCGGGACGGUUGUCUGCACCGUCUCCUUGUCCACGUACGGCGACGACCUGCCGGACGACGAGAGCGGCGCGUGCCUUUACAGGCCGAGCAACGAUCCGAACGAUCCGCAGAACAGCCUCUUCCUAUCGCGACCCCGUAGACGUGCCACCGGCAAGAGAGACGUGAAAUAUUUUCUACUGACCGAUCCCGCUCUGGUCCUCGAUCACGCGGAUCAGAUCGGCGUCGCGACUCGCCGCGGAACGUCGCCGCGCGAAUCGAAACCGCCGGACAUCGUUGUGACCGAGCAGCCCGCGUUCUCCCUGCUGGACGUGUCGAUCAAGAAUCUGUUCCAAGCGAGUCGCCCGCUCAGACCGUCGUCCAGCACUCGUAGGCACCACACCGUAGGGAAAACGAUCCUCGCCAUCACCGUGCUGAGAGGGGUGGAGGUGCCGGUGAGGGAGGAAUCGGCGCUGGUGUCCCCUCUGCUGGAGGUGGAAUGGGGUAACGUCGUUCACGCGACCGCGACCGCGGAGGGACCCGCGCCGGUCUGGCAGCAGACCAUGCACUUCGAAUUGCCCAGGCAGAACGGCGGGCACCGCGUUAAAUUUCGCCUGUACGAUCAGCACCCGGUCUGGGGCCAGCAGUGGCUCGGCGAGGCGACGGUGCCCCUGGAGGGCCACAGGAAUUAUCAGGAACUCGAGCGAUGGAUCGCCCUCUCCCCCUUGUUCACUCCCGUGUUGUCGUUCGGCUACGUGCAGUCCAGUCCGGGACGCUCGCACACUCGGAUUUACGUGCUGAUGAAGAUGGAACAGCCCGGCAACGCCAAGUCCCCGGAAGCUAACGCCAUCGAUACUUUGUUAAAGGGAAUCCAACGCUGUCUGGCGACGCCUUACAAGGUGCCCGGUGUGGAAACUCCCGAGGACGCUGCCCGGCUCGCCAUGCUUCUGCCAUCCUUGCCGAUGCAUUACGGCCCGGUCACGCCGCGCCAGGCCCUAAACGUGAACAAGGUGGACCACUACGGCAGGGCGGCCUUGCUGGCGACGCUGCUGCAGGGCCUCGGUUUGCAGCCGUAUGUAUUGUUAGGUUCCUCGCAGAUAAGUCGCUGGACCGCGUAUGUUUUGAGCAUCGAGGAAAACGACGUCGUCCUAUGGGAUCCCGAGAUCGGGGAUCAUUAUCAAUUAAGCGACAGCCGCUGUUCGUUAAUGAAGGUGUCUCGUUUGGUCAACCAAUCUGGUAUAUGGGAAAAUCUGCAGAAAUCCAUUCUGCCUCACAAUCUGAGAUACAACGUGGCGAUUAGCAAAGACUGGCGGCCACUCGCGCCUGUCGCCACAUCGGUCGCCAGCAAUCGAUCCGUUCAAACGUUGGAGCUGACAGUGACGACCGAGGAAGACGCGCGGGAAAAGGAAGGCGCAUCGGAAGUGGAGCAACAUCUGCGAGACAGGCUGUCUAGUUGGCGCAGCGCUCUUGGCUUGACAACGAUAUUCAAUCGUCACGCGGUCAGCGUUCUGCGAAGCUUCGUCUCCGAGAUCCCGCGCGACAUGACACGCCAGAUAGACAAGAGAGACCUGAAGCAAUUGUACAGAGCUUACCACACGCACGGUUUCCUCUUGAAUCUACGUCAGACCGCACUUGACGAACUGGCGAAGCAAAUAGCUGCGACGAAAAUUCACAAUAUCACAGGCCCCGUAGAAUUCGCCCUCGUUUGCCACGUACAACGGUACAUUGGUAAGACAUGCUCGGUGUGGCUGGCCUUAGCGAUUUUACGAAGCCGUUAAGCCGUCGCAAUAAUUUUGUCUUUCGUUUUCUCGCGCCGUCGAUGUACAUUUCUCUGAAAUGAAAAUACUUGGAGUCUUCAAAUCGAUAUAUCUGAAGAAUUGUACAAAGGUUUGUAAAUAUUAUUUUGCCGCAACUUUUGGGAAGAGAAUUGUUUGUUUUUUAAAGAGUGAAUGCUAAAAUGAAUGAUAAAUGAAUACUGGAUUGAUAAAUAAGAGACGAAAGAAAUAGAUGGAAUCAAACAUAUAUUUCAGUCGCUCGAAAGUUAUCUAAUAAUUUCUCGAUAUUUCAUUUUUCCCUAUAAUUGCAUAUUCUGAAAGAUUACGAUGUCCAUUCGCAUCUAUCGUGCAGCAUUUGCCAUUCAUGUCUGAUUAAUUUCAUUAAUCUGUGUACAAUACUGAUCGCUUUAAAUUAACGAUAAUUUCAUUAUUUUUU